ACUUUUCACAGACUUCAACCAAUAGGCAACUAAAGCAGCUGUUAAAUACUUGAAACAACAGCCUUGACUCACAACUUUUUGUGAUUACAAAAGUGAAGCGAAAAUGAGCGGCAGAGGGAAAACCGGUGGUAAGGCCAGAGCAAAGGCUAAGACUCGUUCAUCCAGAGCCGGGCUUCAGUUUCCCGUCGGUCGUGUUCACAGGCUUCUUCGCAAGGGUAACUACGGAGAACGCGUUGGUGCUGGAGCUCCAGUUUAUCUCGCCGCUGUGCUCGAGUAUCUUACUGCUGAGAUCCUGGAGUUGGCUGGAAACGCCGCUCGUGACAACAAGAAGACUCGCAUCAUUCCCCGCCAUUUACAGCUGGCAGUGCGUAACGACGAGGAGCUGAACAAACUCUUGGGCCGCGUGACCAUCGCUCAGGGCGGUGUGUUGCCCAAUAUCCAGGCUGUGUUGCUGCCAAAGAAGACCGAGAAGCCCGCUAAAGCAAAGUAAACCAGCUUCUCCACAACUUAAAAAAAGGCUCUUUUAAGAGCCACCCACUUGAGCUAUAAGAGAGCGAAGUUUAUAUUUUAAUGUAUAGGUUGGCAUGUAUGUGCUGAAUGGGGCAUAACAAUACUAUGCCUUAACUGAUGAAAGCAAAUCUUACACUCAAGUUAAUGAACCUCGUCUUCCUACAAACAUACUUUCAAGACUUGUUUUUUUUAGAGUAUGUUCUACUGUGCCCUUUAUCUUGAUGUUUGCAAUGUUGUAUUAUUUGUAACGCUUCUAUGAAACAGGAUUAUUGAAGUAUUCAAUUUGAAUUGAAGUUUUUUCUCUAAGUUUGUGUAUUCACCAUUAAGUGCAGCCAACUAUUUAAAUCUGAAUCGUUAUAAAUAAAAAAAAAGAUGUUUAAUAAUGGUAUGUACAUCAAAAUUGGGUUUCUCAAAAAAAUAAAAAAAUAAAAAUUACACACAUUACAUGGUGAUAAACGACGUCUGUGAUCACAUCGCGAUUAUAUUAUUUGUGUGUGAGGGGGCUUUCAUACUGGUGAUGUCUUUUGCUUUUUAUGUAACGUUUUUUUUUUUUUUAUCAGAACACUCCAAAUAAUUACAAACGACUUUAAACAUAAAUAUAACUGCUUAAAUGUGGCAUUAAACUAAACAAAGGAUAUUGAGCGGGAACAAACCUCUGCUGUUCGUUUGAAAAGAGCCAAUGGCCUUUAGAGGUCACACAUUAGCCAAUCACAUGCCAGUUUACUGUCUCCGCCCUCUGAGCUCGUGGUCUUCUAGUCUUUAAAAGCAGCUUGCUGAGUGUAAUUCUGUAUUCACUUUCCUACGAAGAAGAGG